GAGCUCCAGGAAAAACUGAUGGAAUAACAACAGUUAUUGUGUUCAGACACCAAUCCGUGGACCGACACUCAGGCAACUUGAGGACUGAAGGAAAAGGGAUUAAAUCUUUUCUUUGAUAUUGAAUAUUAACUACAGUUUCAUUUGAGACAAGGAUGAAUCCUUCGGUCCAGUGCCUUGUAAUCCUGAUUACUUGUGUGGUCAUCUGCAACUCAGCAACUUUAAAGACCUGCCAGUGUGUAAAGACAAGAACUGGAGUAAACCUCUCUCUCAUCUCAGAAGUCAGAGAGUAUGAGCCUCAUCCGUACUGCAGUAAACAUGAAGUGAUUGUCAUACUGAAAGAUAAAAGCUCAAGAUGUCUUGAUCCUGAGUCAAAUUUCACUAAAGCAAUCCUUCGAACUGUACAAGCAGCACAUGGCCAAUCACAACCACCAUCUGAGGGCUUUGAAUUUUUUGCUUGACUCAUCUGUGUGUGCACCCCUGAGCCACUCACAAAUAAAAGAAAAAAACGAAUGCAAUAAAUAACGACAAAUAAGAGAAAACCAUUAAACCAAUAAAGAGAUUUAAAGUAGAUAAAGCUUUUCAUCAAAUUAAAUGCUAUUUAUCAUAUUUUAUUGACAUACUGAUGUCUGUUUCUCAGUCUGUUUGCUUAGGACUUAUAUGGAAGAAGUAAGUGACCCUAUCUAUCAUUACGAUCACUGAGUGCUGCUCCACAGAAACUUCACAGGACAGAAAAAAAAGGUGGAAGAUGGAACCCUACAAUAAGUUCCUUUUGUAACACCCAUCAAUUAUUUCAAGUUCUUUUUUUGUUGUUGAUGUUUGCAGUUUAUCAAAAAUUCUCUAAAAAGGUUUCUUUCUUUUUGUCUUUUCAAGUAAUUUUCUUUGUUAAACAAUAAUAAACUCCAUAUUCAAACACAG